UGUAGUUCUUCGUUGUCUUUUUUCUUCAAACGCCGGGGUGGUUUUCUAUGUUUAUAUCGUCGUCUUUCAAGUGUGUGAAAUAUCUUGUGUGGAAGAUUCUUGCAUAUACCAGCCAUGAACUUCCUCAAAGUAGCCGUUCCCAUUCUCAAGAUGAUAGAGUAGAGCCUACGCUAACCAAGACAUGAACCAUGGCAGACCGGAAACGUAAACCACCCCGCAAUAACUCCGGCCGCAAUGUCCCACCUGCUUCUACACGCAGCCCAGCCCGCCCCGCCCCGACCACCACGCCCACGCGCACCCCACAGCCUCAAAGCCUUUACGAACAUGGUAACAGCUCCCACUACAGUCGUAGACCUAACAGCGACACCUCUAUGGUGACUGUUGGACAGGACUUUCAGCAGCUGGACCCUCGCUAUGCACAGCAGAUACAGGCGCUGCCGCAGCAGCAACAAGACAACAUUCCAUUCAGACAUUCCCCGAGGGGCUCUCCAAUUCCAAAUGGGAGAAGUUCCCCACGGCCCGACGGCAGAGUGUCUCCCCAUCCCAGUGGCAGAGUGUCUCCCCAUCCCAGUGGCAGACUUUCUCCCCAUCCCAGUGGCAGAGCGUCUCCCCAUCCCAGUGGCAGAGUUUCUCCCCAUCCCAGUGGCAGAGUUUCUCCCCGCCCCAGGUCUCCCCGUCCCAGCACCCGGAACUCCCCACGCAUCAAGGACAGACGAUCAGCUCGCCUCGCUAUGGGUGAUGGAAACGAUAUCGGUCUCUCCGUCGGAGAUAUUGAAAUGGGAACCGUCAAUCCUGCGUUUUUAGAGGCGGGGAGCCCUACGCUGUCACCCAACGAGACACGGCGCUAUUCCAGUGAUUCCAGCGCCUCGUAUCGGUCCAGUAACCCUGAUGAAGAUGAGAUUAUUGAAAGAGAGUUGAUUGCCGCCAAUCUGCAGGACCCUACCUCGGUCAUAGGCAUGCUGCCAAGCAGACAACUAGGACGCACACUAUCCUCCGCGACCUCCAACAACAAAUGGCUACGACAGCGCUCAAGAAAGUCGUUGAAGCGCGGCCGUUCAAUGUCAGGACGCCACACCAACGACAACAGCGGCAUGGAGAUGAUGAUUGACAGGAUCCUGUCAGACGAGGACAUGACGGACGGGACUGGGAGGGCGACCUUGAGGAGGAAGAAGACGAUCAAGGGGAUACAAGGGAGCAUGGAAACCAAAAGACGAGUCAGGGAACAGUGUGAGCGACGAUCAGAUAAAAGAAAACCUAAAUCUGUCGGAUGGUUUAAAUACUGGCGUUAUCAAGUGUCCUAUGCAUGGGAAAGUUUUAAGGAGUCCCUGAGUAAUCUCACCUACUCGCUGGAGCUCUGGCGAGACCCGAUCAAGAAGAUUGAAGGUAACUUUGGCAGCGGCGUCACGUCUUACUUUGUCCUCCUCAAGUGGCUUCUCCUGCUGAACAUUCCCAUCUUCAUCAUCUCCUUUGGGUUCAUCACCAUUCCCCAGCUCGUUUACCAACCAAGCGCCUCGCAGGAGAACCCCGAAUCCUUCACAGGGGCAGAGAUCUUGACUGGAGAGGGCUGGCUGACCAACACAGAGCUGUACUACGGAUACUACACCAAUGAAACCUUCAACAAGAUCGGCAGUACGUAUUGGAACAUGCCAGUGGCAUACCUGUUUGCCAGUAGUGGAUACCUACUGCUCAUCUUCAUCGUCUUGGCACAAGGUAUGUCUAAGACAUAUCGUGAAUACUACAUAACUGGGGAUCGAAGUCACAACUUCUACACCAGCAAAGUGUUCAGUGGUUGGGAUUACAGUAUUACGUCUGAAAGCACUUCUCAACUCAAGCAGCGGAGUAACUACUUAGAGCUAGCGGAACAACUAGCAUCCCACCACGUUAGGAGGAAUCAGAACUGCGGAGCAUACUGUCUUAAGAUUCUACUGAGACUGUUUAUGAAUAUCGUGGUCCUUGGAAUUAUUGCCGGAGCAUCUUAUCUUAUAUUCCAUGUGUACAGGGAGAAAACAUUCGCGACUGAUAUUCCAGUUAUAGGGGACCUUGCUAUUGCUCUCUUAGUGAGUGGGUACAAUCUUGUUCUCCCGUACAUCUUCAGCGUCAUUGGAUACAUAGAGAAAUAUGAAAACCCUCGUACAACGCUCUACUUCUCGCUCUUCAGGACAUUCUUGAUGAAGGCGACCAUUUUGAUUGUGUUGGUGUAUCAUUGGUUCAAUCAGUUUGAUCAAUGCGAUGGGAAUAGCGCAGGCACACUUCCUUGUGAGUGUUGGGAGACAUUUCUUGGUACUGAGGUAUACAAGCUGGUCAUAGUGGAUCUCAUCAUACAAACACUCUCAACUUUCUUCCUUGAGUUCAUAAGAAGGAUUGGUCGUGAUUAUUUCUGUAAACGGUUUACGUCGCCGGAGUUUGACAUAGCGAGGAACACCAUGGACUUAAUUCAGUCUCAGACAUACACUUGGAUUGGAAUGUUCUUUGCACCUCUCCUGAUGAUCAUCUGCAUCGUCAAACUGAUUCUUCUCUUCUACAUCAAGCAGCUGAGUGUAUUGUACAACUGCAAGCCUUCCCUUCAUCCUUGGCGUGCUGGACUAGCCCAGACCCUCUUCAUCUUGAUUCUCUUCCUGAUGUAUGCAAUCUGCGUCUGCUGUGUGGGAUACAGUAUGGUCAAUACCAAGCCAUCGAUGGAGUGCGGCCCCUUCCGAGGGUUGAACUCUCCAUUUGAUGUCUGGACGCAGCUGGUCAACAAAUGGGAUGAGAGCGCACAAGUUUGGAAAUUCAUCAUCACGUUCAUGACAACGCAGGGAGUGGUGGCUGGUUUAAUCAUUCUCCUUUGUUUGGCCGUAUACUACUUCAAAACGUUAACCGAGGGUCGUCGAGCAACUGUUAAACGCCUUAAACAACAAAUUACUCUGGAGGGAAAAGACAAGCUCUUCUUACUCAAGAUGCUGCAGAAUGCUAUCAAGAAUCGGACGUCGAUCAACCGAGGGGCUAGCACCUCAGCAGAAGCCGCAGCGGCCAUCCCGCCGCCGAUGGUCAAACAGAAACCCAAGAAGUCUCACGCUAAGAUAAGACUUGGACAACACACAGCACUCUCACCUCAGGUUCAACAAGCAGUGGACAGUGCCGAUAUGGUCAUUCAUCAGUCGGAAAACUGAGGUUUUGUUAUUCGUUCCACCCCCCCGCCCCAUUUUUAUUCAAAAGUCUUUAGAUUUUUUAGUUUUUAUUAAAAAGGGAAAUAGUCACAGACUUGGGAAAAUAAGAAAUCUCAUUCAAAACAGUAAUGCAUUGCUGAUUCAAAAUCUGUGCUAAAUAGUAUUUUGUGAUCAAGAUUUGAAUUCAUAAAAAUUUCUUCUUCCAAUGGUCAAUGAAUGAACAAAAUAAAAGACAUGUGUAUCAGCCUGAAUAGACACUUCUCUAAUUUUUACUCACAAUAGUUUUUAUAUAAUCUUACUCUAUUUAGUCUCAUAUUAACUUUCUGGUUUUUUUUCACAUUAUUUCACCUGUUUGUAGCUUGUGAUGGUGCAUGUUAGUUUCAGAUUAUUUAUCAUUUUCAUUUUAAAUUUGUUUUCUUUUGUACAUAUUCUGAGAUCGACAAUUUCUGUAUUAUAAUGUGCAAACGUAUUUAAAUCAAACAGUUUAUUAUUUUAUAUGUCUUCUGUAUGCAGAAUGAAUAUUUUUAAGUAAUCGUAAAUGUUAAUUUAUUAUUCUUUAAUCACAAAAUCAGGUUGUGUCUGGCCGUAGCAGAUUCACAGAUUUAGAGGUCAAAGUUUGCUCAAUGGCUAUAUACCUUAUUCACAAGCAAAGGGCGCUUACACGCGCAUCUCCGGUCCCCCAUUUCAUGUGUCAAAAUGUGCGCAAAAAGAACAGACUCCCCCAAAAAGGCAGAAAAUGGUGGAUGCGCAGUGUCAGAGGUGCAUAAACCCAUGUACCACCCUUUUGUACACCUUUUAGCACACAAAAUGGGGGACAGGAGUUGUGUGUGUACGUGCGCAACGCAUUGUGAAUUUGGGUUAUUGUGUGCAGCAGGUACAAUUUUAUGUGCGUUUUCCAUUGUUUCAUCAUGGUUUUAUCUAUAAGAUAGCCGCAUGAUGACGUCAGUGCAUUAUGGUCAACUCUUUUAAACUGUUUGGCUUGCUUUAGAGGGACUACCGGUUUGUACUUUUUCCUAACACAAAACACUAUGUCCACAUAUUUACGAAAAUAUGAGACGAAAAUUAUUUUGUGACUUG